AUGGGGACUGUUGGAAUCAACUCUUCUAAAAACCUGCUUGCACAAGGACAGCAGUUAGCGACAUCGAGCGUUUCGGCGACUGCAGCAAAGGCCGCAGAGAAGUCCAAUGCGGAACAGAACCGUUUGGACUGGAAGAUUUUCAAGGACUUGUCGAGUUACAUUUGGCCAAAGGAUGACCGUGGAGUUAAGAUCCGAGUUGUGACCGCGCUGGGAUUGCUGGUUAUGGGCAAGAUCUUGAACGUCCAGGUGCCAUUCUUUUUCAAGGAAAUCAUUGAUAACCUGAAUGUGGAAUUUCCUGUCGAAUCCACAGUCCUCAGCGUUGUUGGCGCCGUUAUUCUUGGUUAUGGGUUGGCUCGCGCUGGAUCCUCAAUCUUUGGCGAACUCCGUAAUGCUGUCUUUGCUGCUGUGGCCCAGAAGGCUAUCCGACGAGUAUCUGCUAACGUCUUUGAACACCUGCACCGCCUCGAUAUGUCUUUCCAUUUGACAAAGCAAACCGGAGGUCUCAGUCGCGCCAUUGACCGAGGAACCAAAGGCAUCAGCUUCCUGCUUUCAUCAAUGGUCUUUCAUCUGCUGCCAACUGCGCUCGAGAUCACUAUGGUCUGCAGUAUUCUGACAUACCAAUUCGGCCCAUCCUAUGCUGCUGUCACGGCUGCCACGAUGGCAGCUUAUGCCUGGUUUACCGUUCAAACUACUGCUUGGAGAACAAAGUUCAGGAAGCAGGCCAAUGCUGCUGAUAACCAGGCUGCUACUAUCGCUGUGGAUUCCCUGAUCAACUUUGAAUCUGUCAAGUACUUCAACAAUGAAAAGUUCGAGCUGAAACAGUAUGACGAGGCGCUCGCCAAGUACGAAAAGUCGUCCCUGAAGAUCGCGUCCAGUCUUGCUGCCCUGAACGCUGGUCAGAACAUCAUCUUCUCGACCAGCUUGACUGCCAUGAUGUAUCUCGCCGCCCAAGGAGUCCUCGCUGGAACGAUGACUGUCGGAGAUGUGGUGAUGAUCAACCAACUUGUCUUCCAAUUGUCCUUGCCACUUAACUUUUUGGGGUCUGUUUACCGCGAGCUCCGCCAGGCUCUGAUCGACAUGGAGACCAUGUUCAAUCUUCAGAGCGUUAAUGUCAAGGUCCAAGAGAAGCCUAAUGCACCAGCACUUCAGUUGGCCGCCAAGGGUGGUGAGCUGCGGUUCGAGAACAUUGUCUUUGGCUACCAUCCAGAUCGACCUAUCUUGAAGGACAUCAGUUUUGUGGUACCCGCAGGAAAGAAGGUCGCCAUUGUGGGUCCUUCUGGAUGCGGAAAAUCGACGCUCCUCCGUCUCCUCUUCCGAUUCUAUGACCCCCAGAAUGGAGGCGUUUACAUCGACAACCAAAACAUUCGCGAUGUGACAUUGGACAGCUUGCGGUCGCAGAUCGGUGUCGUUCCUCAGGAGACGGCUCUGUUCAACACGACGAUCAAGCGUAAUAUCCAGUACGGCCGUGUCACUGCAUCGGACGAGGAGGUGUUCCAGGCGGCCAAGCGGGCCAAGAUUCACGACGCGAUUAUGAAGCUACCAGAUCAAUACGAGACCAAGGUCGGAGAGCGCGGCUUGAUGCUCUCGGGAGGAGAGAAGCAGCGCGUGGCGUUAUCGAGAGCUAUCCUGAAGAACACACCCAUCUGGUUCUUCGACGAGGCGACUUCAGCACUGGAUACCCAUACGGAACAAAGUUUGCUGGCCAACAUUCGCUCGGUGUUGCAUGAUAAGGGCGGCACUAGCAUGUUUGUCGCGCAUCGACUGAGGACCAUCGCUGACGCAGAUGAAAUCAUUGUGCUGAAGGAAGGUCAGAUCGCGGAGCGCGGUCGUCACGAAGAGCUGCUUAAGAAGGGUGGAGUCUACCGCCAAAUGUGGGAUAACCAGGAGGGCGAAGCCAUUUUCUAA